GCAAGAUGGCAGCCACCAUGAAAGACAGUGAUGCUCAGGUUACAUAUGAAGACCAGCAAAAGAUCAACAGGUUUGCACGAACCAAUGCCCGUCUUAUGGAUUUUAAAGAAGAGUUAGCAGCAAAAGAGAAAGAGCUAGAGAAUUUAAAAGAUGCUGAGGAAGAGUUCAUGCUGGCUGAGGGGGAUGCUGAGGUUAUUCCAUAUCAGAUUAGGGAAGUUUUGGUAGAAAUGAAUGUUGAAGAUGCUCAGUCUGCCCUAGAAAAAGCCAAGGAAGUGUGCUUAGAAGAGAUCGCGGCUCUGAAACAGAAGGCUAUUUACAUGACUAAAAACCAUUACGCACCUAUUGGACGUGUCUAA